AAAUGUCUAAUAUUUACAAAGCAGCACAAACUAACGAUGAAAACUUUUUCAAGCUUUAUGAUGAUGCGGACACUUAUAUGUGUUACAAACAUGAAAAAUCGGGAGAUUCGGUUCUGCACAUUGCUUCACGAUAUGGUCACUUGAACCUGGUUCAUUUACUUCUGGAGAAAGGUGGCAACCCUGAAAUUGUUAAUUUGGACGGCAAAAGACCACUUCACGAAGCCGCCCAAAAUGGACAAAUUGAUAUUGUCAAAUAUUUGUUAGAUUAUGGCGCAACUGUUGAUUGUCUUAAAAGAGCUGAUUGGACACCUCUGAUGCUGGCAUGCACAAAGACAAAUCCUGAAGUUAUCAGAGCAUUGUUGGAAAAGGGAGCUGAUCCUGCAUUGAGGAACAAGGAUGGAUGGAACUCCUUUCACAUUGCAGCCAGGGAAGGGAGUGUGGAGAUUCUUCAACUAUUGCUUCACCAUGAUGCUCAGCUGUGGAACACUGUGAGCAAGAACGGAAGAACACCUCUUCACACAGCAGCACUCAAUGGCUGUACCGAUGCUGUUCGGUUCCUUGUUGAGUCAUGUGACUACCCAUGUGACAUGGUUGACAGCUGCGGUACAACACCGUUGAUGGAUGCACUGAGAGCAGGACAUGUUGACACAGCACAAAUUCUGCUAAACUUACACAAGGCUGAUGUGGCGAAAGAGGACAAGCUGGGCCGUCAACUCGUGCACCUGGUGUCGGAGGCAGGGCAGCUGGAGGCCCUUGACUUUCUUCUGGACACCUUUCACAUGUCUGUAGACACCAGGACAUCCACAACUCAGUGUACUCCCCUGCAUGUGGCCGCCAAGGAGGGUCAGGAUGCUAUCAUGCAAUGCCUGUUGAGACGUGGUGCCAAUGUCCAUCUCUUGGAUACAUCGCUGAGAUCUGCUCUACACAUUGCCAGUGGCGGGCAGCAUGCAGGGUGUGUGGAGCUUCUGCUACAACAUGGUGCUGGUGCCAGCCAGGACAAGCAUGGACAGACAGCCAGGCAAAUGGCCAAGAAAGAUGAUGUAAAACAAGUAUUCAAGAAAUAUCUGGAUCAUGUCACUUGAAAUAUCUGCAAAAAGAUUUAAUAUUUUUGGGUUGUUUUCACGAUAUUAUUCACACUCUGGGUCACAGUUCAUUACACUUUGGACAUUCCUAGGCUUAUUUUACAAAGUGAUCUUAACACAACUACACCUAUUAUAUCAAUGUUCAGUCACAGGAGAUACACCCUUCAUAAUCCCGUGAUUAUACUGAUACCGAACUGACCAUCGCCAGGCAGGAUAACAACAAACCUCUUUAUCAUCUUUGGGUAUACUGAGGCCAAACUGUGAUCUUCUGGUCGAGAACAGAUGCUGUAUAUGCUGGACCAAGUAGACAAUCUGGUGGACAGUCGUGGUGUCAUAAGCUGUGGACUGUUUACAGGCGGCUGUCAUAUACCUGCAGGAGUGCCUGCUGAGGAGUUAUGUAACACUCACUCACACACUUUUAUAUGAUUCAGCUAAGUUAUUUGUUUUUGUACCUCUUGACAGAUGACACUCUGACACAAUCAUUAUCCCAUCCCCUUAUCCUGUCAUGACUUCUCACAUUCACAGGGGGCAGCCUAGUGGUUAAGGCGCUCACUCGUCACACUGUAUACCCAGGUUCGAUUCCCCAUAUGGGAACAAUGUGUGAAGCCCAUUUUUGGUGUCCCCCGCCAUGAUAUUGCUGGAAUAUUGCUAUGUGUGUAAGCAUUCAUGCCAGGGAUAGCCAGGGUUUCUCACAGGAGUGUAGUCACUGUUACAUUUUAAAAGUAAUAACAUUUUGACAUUUAUAUGCUUACGGAAAAGCCAUAUAAAAAGUUAAAAUUCAACUGUUUGAGAGGCAUUCAACAAGUUGUACCCUUUUGAAAACCAAAACGUCGCAAUAAAGAAGUUGAUCAUC